UGUCGUGUUGUUCGUCCGAUUGAAUUGAAUAUAAUUGAUGGUGACGAGAGUGUGAAAAGAAAUGAUUUGAUUUGUGAUGAACAGCAACUGUUUUGAUUGAACGCUCAAUCGACCGCGCGCACAGUCUGUGAAUGAUCUUUGAUUUUGUUUUUUCGAUGCUGAUGAUGAAUUUGAAAUAGUGGCAGUAUGAGAAAAUGAAUAAGAAUUUUUAACUUGAAAUAAGAGAAAAUAAACCAAAUUAAAAUAGAACUCUGUGCAAGUGAAAUAGUUGCCAGUAGGAAUUAUAGUAAAUUUGUAAAAGAAAAAUAUUCUAGAAGUGAAAAGGUGAACUAGAAGUACCGAAACAUUACAAAAAAGCACCCAGAAUUUCCUUGAUGCAGCAAAAAUUAAAGAAAUGUUAUAAGAAAACAGUGAAAAACUGAUUAUUUAUGCGUAAUGCAAGCAGAGAAAAUCGAUUUCCAGAACAUAAUAUGUAGUAUAAUAUAAUAAAUAACAAAACGUAUAAAUAAAACUUAAAUUAAUGCGCACGGAAAAAGCAAGCACAGCAGUAAAAAGCUGUGAACAACAGCAGUGAAAAAGUUUCCAGCGUUGCAGCGCGCAACAAAUUUUAGAAAUAAAAAUAUAUAUUUACAUUGGAAAAGUUUAUAAUCAGAAGAGCUAAUGCACAGAAAAUAAAACAAUAAACUAGCAGAAAAAUGUGCAUCACUUAAAAUAUUGAGUGUUCAGGAAUUGUCAAAAAAAUAAAAAAAUAAUAAAAUCGGAAGAAAUUGCACUUCACCUAAAAACGCAAUAAUGGAUAUGACAAAAGACAUUAUUGACUAUACACAAAAGCAUACAGAAACGGCAGAACGCCUAAUCGCCAGUUAUCAAUCGCCUGUGUCCGAGAUCAGUGAGAGUGAAGGGAACGCACGCGCAUGCGCCACAGCCUCCCCGUUUCACGUUGGUAACAAUAAAGUUGACGCCAAAGUAGCCAUUUCACCAACAACUACACCACUAGCACAUAACGAGAUGGCGAGUCCUGCGACAACGGCACAACAGCUAGAGCAGCAACAAUCGACAACAAUUGUAACGUCAGAAGCAGACACUAUGGAACAGCGAUCGGCACAGGAGUUUGAGAGUGUUGCAGCUGCUGAUACAGCAACCGACAACAGCGCCGUCGCUCCACCAUCAAAGACUGUGGGAACUUUAGUAAGCGGUGAUAUAACGCCGCCACCACGGCCUUUCACCACGAGCGAAGUGGUGGGCUUGAGUUCGGCACUUGACGAUGAUCCUGAUUUGCGUGUUGACGUACAAAUGCCAAAGUCACGCUCGUUGCCCACUUCUCCCGAUCAUCAUCGACACAGCUUAGACUCGGCGUCCGCGGAGCUAUUGACACGCAUGAAUGCUGCGCUCUUUGAAUUUGAGCAGCGCCGGGGUUUGGACUCAUCCAUGCAUAUGCCCAUAACAGCAGCCAUGUCGGCACCAAUGCGCUUAUCGAAAUUGUCAAAGUCGACCGCACCAACAUCACUAACGGCACGUAAAUCGGUUUCUCCUAUUGGGUUGAAGUCGAAAAAGCAAUUGGCCGCAGCAGCUGCAAUGGCAACUAAUACGCAACAACAGCAAUUCUGUUUGCGUUGGAACAACUAUCAAACAAAUUUGACGAAUGUCUUCGAUGAGCUGUUACAAAAUGAAUCUUUCGUUGAUGUGACGCUUGCUUGUGAGGGUCAAUCGAUCAAGGCACACAAAAUGGUGUUAUCCGCUUGCUCGCCUUACUUCCAGGCACUAUUCUACGAUAAUCCUUGCCAACAUCCGAUCAUCAUUAUGCGUGAUGUGCGAUGGGAAGAGCUAAAAGCCAUAAUGGAGUUCAUGUAUAAGGGUGAGAUAAAUGUGAGUCAAGAGCAAAUAAAUCCAUUGCUAAAAGUUGCCGAAAUGUUAAAGAUACGCGGUCUAGCGGAGGUGAGUGCCGGUGGUGGACAUGGCAUGGCCGCACCACAUCCCAUGAUGCCCGAACAGCGCAUGACUAUUUUUGACGAUGACGAGGAAGCCGAGAGCGAUGAGGAUACAGAAAGUGCCGAGGAUGGCGGUCAGAAGCCAAAACGCGCGCGCAUGCUCGAUACUGCAAUACUCGAUAUGAAUUUGAAUGCACAGCGUCAGCGCAAACGUUCAAGAGAUGGCCUCUUUACCGAAACCAACAACAUUGCCCGUUUUGGCGGUUCAACAUCAAUAACUUCGAAUACCAACCUAGAAGGUCGCACCUCCAACUCGGCUGUCAAUGCCGCCGAUGGAGCAAUUGAUACCGAUGCUGAUGCUAUGCCACAACCGCCACCCGUUGCAAUGACCACUUCAACCAUUGUACGUAAUCCAUUCGCUUCGCCAAACCCCAACAACAGUAACUCAACAGCAGCUAGUGCCAAUCAGAAUAAUUCACAGUCCGCCACCAUAACACUCUCGACAGUACCGACUGCCGGUACUUCUACACCUACGCUAGCUAGUUCCACACCGAACACACCGACCACACCAAUAUCGCACGCCAUUGGCCAUUCGUAUCGUCCUUCAGGCCGUAGUAGCUCACCAUCAUUGACAUCUGCUAAUAGCCUCAAAGGCGCAAUGUCUUCACCGGCGGCAGUAGCAGCCAAUGCUAGCGGUAUUUCCUUGAAUGUACAUUCCCAUCCGGUUGCCGCGGCCGCUGCAGCUGCUGCUCUCAGCGUUAAUCCACACCACUCACACCAUCAUCAUCAACAUGCUGCAGCCGCCGCCCAGCAGUUAGCCGCCCAACAUCAAUUGCAUGCAGCGGCACAGUCACAUGCGGCUAUGGCUUCCGCACUUGGUGCGUCGUUGGCUGCUGGAGCAGCUGGAGCUGGUGGUGCAAGUGCAGCGGGCACGGGCGCAGGUGGUGCGUCAAAUUUGAGUUCAACGGUGGGACAUCAUGAGGAAAUGGAGAUUAAACCUGAAAUUGCUGAGAUGAUACGCGAGGAAGAAAGGGUGAGUGAACAGCUUUUUAAUGUUUUUUAUAUUUGUGGGCUCUAUAUAAUUAACUAAUAGCACUCCAAAAAUGUUGGGACCUGUUGUUUUCCAACUUCAUGGGAGGAUUCCUGCUUUUAUAGGGAAGAACAUGACCCAACAAGCAUGGCGAACAAUAUACGCUUUCAAUAUACUAUUUUAAGAGUUAAGGGCAUAAUAAGGGCAUAAUAUUCAUAUUUACAGACGAAAAAAAUAAUAAGCAAAACUCGCUUUAACAGCAAAUACACUUUAUUUGGCUCAACCAAACAUAACUCCUUUUUUGGUACAUUUCAUGUUCGAUACUUUAGAACUCCGUAUCCUCGGUUGUAUGAUAUAUUUCCAGCUAGUUUUUG